CUCAAAAGGCUCUAGACUUGAUCAUUUUAAGACGUUUUAUGAAUCGUAUCUUUAUCUGAUAUUCGGGACUGACCGAAUAUCUGACAUAAGGCUGUCGAAGAGAACACACUCUAGCCUCAUUGUUUCCAUCUUGGUCAGAGGCUAGCUCAAGCCCUCAAUUAAUCGUCAUGGCAGACCCGCUCAGCAUUACGGCUAGUAUUAUCGGAAUUGCUACUCUGGGUUUCCAGAUCGCAAAAGGAUUAUACAAAAUUGCGGACGGCAUUGGUUCUGCAGGAGAGGAGGUCCGGCUAUAUGCAGGAGAAAUCAAUGAAUUCUCCAAACUUCUGAACCAUAUCAGAGCGCAAAUAUUAGCUACACCUGAUAUUCCAUUCAGUUCGCGAAGCUUGAUAAAGGAUGUUAUUGAUAUUUGUGAUAAGGUUCUCCAACCCUUCCAUUGCCUACAGAAAACCCUGGAGUCCUUCUUCACCCGGUUUAAACAAAGCCCCAACAAGCUCAAAAAAUUCGGUCUUGGUGUUGGAUGGGUUUUCUGUUAUAAGAAAAAGUUGCUGUUUUAUUUAGAUACACUUAGGAAUCAACACAGGAUCCUUAAUACAGCACUUGACUUAGCCAACUUGCAAACCACGAAGGACAGGACUCCCCAAAGCAUAUGUAUUCUGCAGCUGUCUCUCGAAAACUCCAUGGCUGCGAUUAAUAUGUCACCUAACAGUAGCACAGGAGGCAGUAUUUUCUCCAUUAGAGGCACAAAUGAGCAGCCGUCCAGAAAAUUUCUUCUCUCAACUAGCGAAAGGAUGUCCAACCUUUCAAGUAAUAGUGAGAAUGCCGAACCGCCGCCACAGAUAGAGAAUGACCUGGACCCUCAAAGUUCAACCGACCUCGUUGCACCAAGCAGUAUUUCACAAGAUCACGAAGAUCAGCUAACAGCUCAUGAAAUGCAACUCAUAGAACACCAGAUUGACCAAUAUCAGGGUACAGAUUUAGGCACAACUGCUGACGAGUUAUGGGAAGACACACGCUCUCUCUCACGGAAGGCGAAGCGAUGGGCAUCUGAAGCCCUUUGCUCGCUGGAAACUAAAGCUGCAGCUUCGUUGGGGACGUUGCCAAGCUUUACCCACAAAGACUAUACUGUGGGGUGGGUCUGUACCCGCUCCAUAGAGUAUGCAGUGGCUGAAGGAAUGUUAGACGAACAACAUCCGGCUCUUCCAGUAACUGAAAACGACCCGAAUACGUAUACAUUGGGAAGAAUAAUAAGGCACAACGUCGUCCUCGUAUGCAUAUCUGCAGGGACCAUGGACACAGGGGUUGCAAGCACUGCUAUAUCAGAGAUGCUUCGAAGUUUCCCAAAUAUAAGGAUACGACUCCUGGUUGGGAUUGGAGAUGGAGUUCCAAACCUAUAUAGCGAUAUACGCCUUGGCGAUGUAGUGGUUGGCUCCCCGACUUCAUCAUCAGAUGGCCUUAUACUUUUCGACAGUAGUGGCGAUGAGAUUGUUGAGACCGGCACACUCGAGACACCACCUAGAGAACUCAGAAGCACACUUUCGAUAUUGCAAGCUCGACAUAUAAGAAGAGAACCUGAAAUACCUCGUUAUAUUAGAGAGAUGUUAGAAGCAAAUCGGGCUAUGCGUCUUUCAUUCUCCGCUCCAGACCCUGGAGGUGACUUGCUCUUCCAAUCAUAUUAUGAGCACCUUGAUAAGAGCAAUAAGAGUCUGCGAAGUUGUCUUGAAUGUGACCCCUCUCAAGUGAUACCGCGGCCAGCACACAGAGGCAGACCUGCUAUUCAUUAUGGCACUAUCGCAUGGACUAAUUCAACCACCAAAAGUGGUUUCGCCCGUGAUGCUAUUGCCCGCCAGAAGUCCAUAUACAGCAUGGAGAAGGGAGCUAUGGGACUGAUGAAUUUUUUCCCUUGUCUUGUUAUUCGAGGGAUUUGGAACUACUCUGACUCCCACUGGAAUACAAUAUGGCAGGGCUAUGCGGCAGCAACUGCUGCAGGAUACGCCAAAGAAAUACUUGAGACAGUACAAACCGCUCAGACGUAGACCGAAAUCGUCUGACAGCCGUCCUAUUGGACGAUUAUACAUAGUUCGUUAACUUCUAGAAUAUAACGUAUACCUUCCUCUCUUCAAAUUGGAUGUGAAUCAGUGUUAAGGUUACACAGCAUAGCAGAGCUUCCAAGAACUGAGUCACCACACGUACAGUCUAGCUUUGAACGGCCGGUAAGCACUAACGGAUUGAGGACAUUGUCUUGCUACAUCUUAUCUUACUACAAGACUCUAAAAUGUAAUUUGACUUCCGGCACAUGUGCAA